AGAGUCGAUCUGCUGGUGGGCAAACUUGUACGAGGCAUAGGCGGGCGACUUGUGAUUGCCAACACUCCGCAAAGGCAGGCAGGCUGACUGGCUGGAUGGAUGAGAGGGACGUGUGUGCGAUGGCCGUUGAGUGCGAGUCGAGAUGCUUACGCACAGGCACAGGCACAGGCACACGCACGACUGGGGGAGCGACGCGUGCGUGCGUGCCAAGAGCGAUGACGAUGGGCUGCCAGCAUAUCGCGUGAUCAAGCGCGCGAGCGAGCGAGCGAGCGGGAUGAUUGCGUUCACGCGUACCCGUACCCGUACCCGUACCCGUACCCGUACCCGUACCCGUACCCGUGCACCGUCCGCUCUCUGCGACAGCGCGCUGCGUACGGUCACCGCGCUGGCCCAUGCCAUGCCGAAUCGUGAGAAAAAGUCAUGGACAAAGCCACUCGUUGACUCGUGAGUGCGAUUCGGGGUGCGCAACUUGAUGCGUGAUUCGCGAUUGUCUGUGCCUGCCUGCAUUCAUCCCCCCGCAACCUCGUCUUUCUGUACUCGACCGCAGCCAAGGGAAGCGCAGAGCUACAGAGGCCGUCG